CUUGUUCUGUUCAAACAUAAAAGCACAUAAAACAUCAUAGGAAGAUCAAAGUUAAGUAUGCAUUGGGUGUAGACAGGAAUAUUAAAGCUAACAAAUGCAUUCCAAAAUGGUUUUUAAAAGAAGCAUUCAGCUCAUGUGCACAUCUUUGUUUUGUUAUAGCAUGGUGCAACACCUAAGGACGUGUGACAAUGGCAGUAACAGAUCACAGUGUUCAGAUGCGCUGGCAGUUAUUGCAGUGUAAGAGACUACAGACAUGAAAAAACCCCAAACCCCAAAGAAUUGUUCAGGCUCUUUUUUUUGCAUUAGCAUUUACUGUAGCAUGGCAGAAGUGCUAGAGCUUGCAUAACAGAAGAAAAAGAGAACCCAGGAGCACCUAAUAUGAAAGAUCUCUCUUUUUUGCCAUGUCAGCUGACAGCUACCAGCUCCACACCCAUUCCUACCAGGACCCGCUAAGUUCUACUUGUCACAGUCUCUUGAAUGUCAACAGUCACCCCCUAUCCAAGAGCUCCUCAAAUCUGGCCUGUAUUGGGCACUCGAGGAGUUUAGAGGAAAGGCAAAACAAACAGGAGCUGAAGAAAAGCCAUAGUAGCACCAUCUGCCAUAUCCUGGAAAACAGGAGUGAUGCAAGGAGUGUGCAGAGUCCUGGAUGGUCCUUCUCACAGCCUGGGAUGAUGGGACUUGGAUCAGAGGUCCAAACCGUAAAUGACCAGUCAGCCAAUGACCAUUCAGAGAGCAGAACUAAGAAUACAAACCAUGUUCUUGUCACUGAACAGUCCUCAGCAUCCCGAGGAGUGGGGGACACUAAGAUGUGUGUAAAAAGCAGCACUGUUCAGAAUGUUUCUUCAGCCUGCUUUGUUCACCAGCAGAGCAUGUGUAAAAUGGAAGAAUCAGGAACUGCCCUUCAGAGAAGCCACUCAGACCUAACCUGCAGCUGCAAAGAGCAGACUUACGUCACUCACAUAGAAACCAGUGCUACUCACUCUAGCCUAAGCUCUUCUGGUUGCAGGCAUGGUCCACCAGUGGCUAGGAUGUCUUUCCAAACACAGAGAUAUGGAUCAGAAACAAAUGAAAAUACAUCUCACUACCAAAACCUUGUGACUCAUCUUCCAGUUCUUCCUAGAGACCAACAAGUACCCACAAAUACCUUUGACAGUGGCAGUAUUCCACGUAACACUACUGUUUACACAGAUCCUGGAACAUUUCACGCUGCUGUUCUAGGACCCCACGUGCCUGGAAAUGGUUUCCCAAACAGGACAAUGUUCAGUCAAGCCCCUGGGAUUAUUCAUGGUGGUCUGACUUAUGGUAAUAUUCCAAACUCUGCAUACUCUCCCAUGGUGAUGACAGUUCACAACAACUCUGUGGGGCCCUGCAGUCUCAGGCAGGACACCCUGAAGGCAGAUGCCACCAUCCCGGCCUACUGCCACUCCUUGCCCAUCCCAUCCAUACAGCUCGUCCCACGGUUGGUGUGCUCCAUUAGUGAGACAGGAAAAGAGCAGGCAGAACCUGGCUACUUUCAUUCCUUUUCUGCUUCAGACAUUCUGACAUAUCCUAAGCUGGUGUCUUCAGUAAGUGAAUCAGGCCUGGAUGCCAAGAAAAUCCUGAAGUGCUGUAAUGUUCCUGGAGAACAACUGCAACAUGCUCAGCAGGAGAGAGCUCCUCCAGAAGCCAAGGCUGCCUGUGUUGCCCUGAGCAGCCAGCAAGGUGCAGACAUGGUAGUGACAACUAAGGAUAUGUGGACUAUGACUUCCAUGAAUGACAUAACCAAAGGCCUGAAACCAGCUCUUGAGCGUAGAGAUGCCGAGGUACAAACUCUUCCAACCAUGGAAUGCAAAUCAGUGGCAACAAGCCCAGCGGCUGCAGCAGAAGGUCACUCACAUGUGUUCCCAGAGGUGAACCUGGAGCAAGACUUGGAGGCCCCCAAAUCUCCAGUUCGUGAAGUGAGAUGGGAUGAUGAAGGAAUGACGUGGGAAGUGUAUGGGGCAUCUGUGGAUCCAGAAGUCCUCGGGGUAGCCAUUCAAAAACAUCUCGAGUUUCAAAUAGAACAAUUCCAGACAGACCCUGCUGCGGCAGCUGAGAAAAGUAAUGCGAAGCCACGCCCUGAAAAACCUGGGAAAAAAAGGCCUUUCAGAACAAUGAUGCAUUCCCUGAGAUAUCCAAGCUGUUGUGCUCGCUCCAGUACUUCAGUGGAAUGAGCACAGCUGUAGGGUGUAGGAUAGUUGUACUGCUUUUAAAUUGUACAUUAAUGCUGACUCUUAAGUGUUAACGCAGUAUAUGUGGACAGCCCAUACCAGAAUGAAUGGAAAAAGUUCAGUGAUCAUCAAAGAUACACUAAAGCAAGGAAAAAUCCAUGGCUGGACCAUAUAACAGAGAACAUAAGAUUAUACUUAAAUAAUGCUAUCCAAAUGCUCUUGACUGUAUUUAAUGUAGCACUGUUUUCCUCUAUGUUAGUUUUAAACUGUAUUGUAAGGAAUGAAACUUCUUUUUUAAUGAUGCAUCUUUUUGAAGUAAUGAUGACUUUUUUCUGUAUUUUAAUAAUUUAAGGUUAGAAAACAAAGUUGGAAAAGUAUACUUUAAUCAAAGUUCUUAGCUUUCAAUCAUAUUCCCUUAAAUUGUUUUGGCAGCUGUUUUUCUGUUAAUUUAUAAUAAUCCUGACUAUAAACCCACUUUAACUGUAGACAAAAAAACCAAACUAGUGUAAUGUUCUAUGACAAAGAAUUGUAACUUUUUUCUACAUAACUGUGAAGUAAUUUCAGUGUUGCUAGUCUGAACUCUUCCCUUAGCAAGCUCAUGUACAGUUGGAGGAUGCUUCAUCAACUUUCCAGUUAGUUUGUAGUUAUGAUGAAUUACACUCUAAAUAUCCAGAACUUACGUUUACCAAGUGAUUGACACAAGUGUACAGUGUUACCAAAGAUAACUAAUGUAAUGUGAAUUACUUACUGAAUGCUUGUUUAGAGACCUGAAACAGAAGCUGUUCAGAGUAGUCUGUGGCACCACCAUAUCCCACAACUCAAGAGCAGUUUUGGUUUGCUUGUAUUAAAAGUAAUUUCCAGUGA